UCACCGUCUCCGUAUUGCCUUCGCCUAUGGGGACAGAGGGAAGUAAAAGAGUGAAUGCGCUGUAAUUCUGAUGUGUGUUCUACUGGUGCCAUUAGGCUAAUACCGCCCGCGAGCAUGGCUACCGCGUCGGAAAGUCAGCAGCAGCCGUAGAGACGCUUUCACCGCCGCACCUACCGCGGCGCGGAUCCACUCUUUCUUUCAAAUCUUACGAGCUAUGUUCAUUGUCUAUCUGCCUGCGCAGUGCAAUGGAUUUUUACCUAUCUAAUGUCAUAGAGCACAGCCUGCGGUGACUAGUCAGGCAGCAGUACACGGCACACCAAGGGACUAAUAAAUAGGAUUGGACUAUAUAUAUUCAUUAUAUAUCUGGCGUUAGCUGCAACGACGAAAAACAUCGCGGCAGGAACAAGGCUGGAAUUAUGAAGGUCUGCCACAAUGUCUAAGGCCACAGUGAACAAGCUGCACUGGCGUUCCAAGGUGCAGGAGAGUUUUGUUCCCCUGGGGGGUGGGUCUGGGGAGCUAGGUGUGGCCAUCGGGGGCGGGGCUGACUACGGAGAGUUCCCAUUCGUCACAGCAGCACCGGGAGGCGGGGCCACAGUGGGUGACGUCAUACUGGAGAUCGGGGGUACGCCCGUCCUGGGCAUGACACUAGGAGACGUGAGAGGGGUCCUCAACUCAUGCCCCCAUCCCAUACGCAUUAAAACUGUCUCGCCAGGCUCUACUCUGUGUAAGGACCUGAGGCUGUACCUGAGCAAGUGUUUCACUCCAGGAUCCAUGGACAGCCAACUCCAGCAGGUGAUCAGGGAGAACCUGUACCUCAGAGCCGUCCCCUGUACGACCAGACAGCCUCGCGACGGGGAGAUAUCAGGGGUGGAUUACAACUUCGUCUCCAUAGAAGAGUUCUUUUCCCUGGAAGAGUCUGGAGCCCUGCUGGAGAGUGGCAAGUUCAAAGGAAACUACUACGGGACGCCCCGCCCAGUCCACAUCGGCCCAGAGAGCCCACCAAUCACGUACCAGGAACACCGGAACCUGCUCCGGAACUUCAGGACACGCAGCAAGUCGCUAAGCAACCUAGAGAAGGCUGUAGAGGAGGGGGAGAACAGUGAGGAAGAUUCUGGACUGUCAGGAGGUUCAGUAGGCAUCAGCAGUGCCCCGCCCACAGCGCUAGCUCUCAGCCAAUCCUGGGACUCAAGGGACGGCGUGGGAGAAGAGAAUGGAGGGAGUAGCAUCGCCACACGAGGUGGAGGGGCACUGCCCGAGAAUUGGGAGCUGGCAUUCAGCGACUCAGGAGAGCCUUACUACAUAGAUCACAUCUCUAAGACCACCAGCUGGCUGGACCCCAGAGCUCAGAGCAGGGAGAUCCUCAGCAAAACAGAGUUGCCUGCGUUCACGGACCAGCCGGCAGAGCUGAAGGGCUAUUCCAUCCACACCCGUCUGUCUAAAGGGCCGCGAGGGUUCGGCUUCAACAUAGUAGGAGGAAGCAAACAGAGAGAGUUUCUCCAGGUCUACAGCGUUACACCCGGAGGACCACCCGCCCUCAGCACAGCUGAUAUCCUGGUCUACAUCAAUGACAGCUGUGUCCUGGGUCUCUCUCAUAAAGAGGUGGUAGAGAUGUUGAAGUCUGUCCCUAUGGGUCACAGUGUGGACGUUGUGUUACGGAGAGGCUAUCCCAUGCUCUACAACCCAGACGGCUGUCCCAAACAACCCCUGACUCCCUCCGCCUCCUCCUCUCCUCUGGAACCCCUCAGUGCUGCAGCCACCCCUCCCUCCACAGCCACCGCUCAGCCCCUCUCCACCCCCGGUCCUGGCCCUACCGAGCCACCCCAACCUCCCGGCCUGGCUAACCUGAACCGUACCCUGUCUCAUCACAACGGAAACUAUCUCAGAGUGGCGGGAAACUCAGGGUCUGGGCUGGACGCUAACGGGAACGCGGCAGACCUGUUGUCGGCUCCCCCCUCCUACCCGCUGUCUAAUGGAAUCCUUAGCUCUUCCGCCAGCUCAGCCUGUGCCCCCUCCUCCUCUCACAGUAGGGGCAUCCCCCCUCCUCCCCCGCCUGAACGAACCUCCGCCUCCGCCAGCCAGAGUGACUCAGAGGAAGGAGCCUCGGGUGGAGCGACACAGAGAUGGUCUCUGAUGCGCUACAACGCGAACUCCCUCCCCACCCCCUCCUCCAUACUCCACCACCAGAGUGACUUCACCACCUCCACCCUGCCCAUCUCCGUCUCCAAUCUGCCCAUUUCCCAGCCGGACGUGUGCACCGCCACCACCCCUGGAGCCCCCUGCCAACGGCCCCCCAUGCCCCAGACCUCCCUCAUGCUCCCCUCACCCACGGAGGUCCCCCCUUGCGGCUUCAACGGCUGCCCAGCCAACGCCCAACCCCAUGGGGGCCACAGCGCGCCCAGUGAGGGAGUACCUGGUGGGGCUGGAGGAGGGGAGCUGGUCCCUGUGCCCCUGGGGAGGAGUGAGGGGGGUGGGAUGGGGUUCAGUGUGACGGCGGGGGGGCAGGGGGGGCAGCUGGCCCUGGUGAAGAGGGUCUGGGACAGAAGGCAGUGUUCCUCCCUGCAGCCAGGGGAUGCGAUAGUCAAGAUCAACGGCGCUGACGUGCAGAGUCUCAGCUUCGCUCAGGUCCAGAGGGUUCUCCAGAAACACACCAGGCAGGGAGAAGUAGUGCUGUUGGUUUACAGAGGAGGGUCGCUCUUCUCUCCUGUCUCCCCUAACCUCUACAAGCCCCUCCCCUCUCCCCUGGGCCCCUCCUCCUCCCAUGGCCUCCCAUCUGACCUGCCUGCCUCCUCCUCCACCUCAGAUGCCUUGGUGCCCCUGCACCUCCCUCACAUCCCCCAUCCCCCCCCCAGCCACAGUGACCUCUCCCCAGCCUCGCCCUCCACAGAUCUCCCCUCCCUGGUCCAGAGCACAAGCUUUCUGGACUCAGUCCCUGUAACUCUCACCCUGGAACCCAGAGACUGGCUUGGGGUGGAGAACGGUGUUGGGGCCCCGGGUGUGUUGAGGCCCCCUGGAGGUUGGGGAGGAGGAGCAGGAAUGGGGGCUGUGGCCAAGGGCCAGGUGGACAGACGAGGGGGAGGGGUCAGGGGACAGGAGGUGGAGCUACGGAGACGGCCGGGGGAGGGGUUCGGCUUCAUCAUCGCCUCAAAGGACCUGGCCAAUGGGGCCUCGUCCAUGCUGUCCCACAGGUUUGUGACAGUGCGUGGGGGCAGCCCUGCGGCCCGGUCAGGUCAGAUCCAGCCGGGUGACCAGCUAGAGUCAGUGGAGGGACGGUCCGUUGUCACCCUGCCUCACAGAGACCUGGCACAGAUACUGAGACGUGCUGGAAACACACUCAGACUCACCAUCAUACCAAGACUUAACCCCAACUCCUCUAGUAUGUCAGAAGGCCCAGAGUUAGACGCUGGUGGCAGGACAAGGAAAGGCCACAGAGGGAGGCCCAAGGUGAGGCUUCAGCAGGACCAGCGUUACUAUAGUGUAGACCUAGAGAGAGGUCCUACAGGUUUUGGCUUCAGUCUGCGGGGGGGCAGUGAGUACAACAUGGGCCUGUAUGUCCUGGGACUGAUGGAGGGAGGACCUGCCUCACGCAGCCACAGGAUACAGGUGAGUGACCAGCUGGUGGAGAUAAAUGGUGACAGUACAACAGGAAUGACUCACAGCCAGGCCGUAGAGCAGAUAAGAAGAGGAGGACAUCGUAUACACCUGGUACUGAAGAAAGGAAACGGAUACGUCCCAGACUAUGACCAUGAUCCCAGAGCAGUCUCCCCCUCCUCCUAUCUCUACCCAGAGGAGCCGGGUGUGGCUGCAGUAGAUAAAACACGCUCUCUGCCAACGAAGAGCGGAAGGGUGGAUAGAGGAGGAGGACAGAGGGAGAGGGAGAAGAGAAGGAGGCAGAGGAAGGGAGGUAGUCUGGUGGAAAGGAGUAGCAGAGGAGGACGAGGUACUCCUGACACAGACCUGGAUUGUCCCGAGGAGGAGGAGGAGAGUCAGGUCAUCAGCCACAGAGGUCAGAAGUCAGAGGAUAAGGACAACGGAAAAUGUACCCAGAGUUUACCCAAGAACGUACUAAGGAACUCAGACAGACAGGAGGAGGUAGUGGAGACAGUGCCGGAGGUGAGGCACAGCAGGGUCAAACAGAGGUCAAAACAGUUGAGGAGCAGGACAACACAAAGUGAGAGGAGAGAGAGGGUAGAGGAAAUAGAGGAGCUGGACAUACACAUACUUCCCUCAGCCAGUAAAACACAGGAGGAGGUGGGAGGGAGGGAAGGUGGGAGGAGGAAGAGGGAGGGACAAAGGGAGAAAGAGAGGGAGAGGAAGGCUGAGAUGGAGGUAAAGACAAGGGCUGCCGGACCUGUGGUGGAGGAUUCUGGGCCGGAAAAAAGGGACAGACCCCCAGUGAAAGAGAGAGAGCGAGCUCCCUUCUCCUUCCUCAUGCCACUGCAGGAUGGAGACGCUGAACUGUCUAAUGCAGAGUCAGGGGCCUCAGGAGCCUCCAGGGCCAGCUUCUCUGACCAGGUCAGUGUGUCUGCUGCCAGUGUCUCUGGAUCCACCGCCGGAGCCCCACCUGGGUGGGGAGAACCCAGAGAACUGAGAGGGGACCCAGGAAGCACCCAGUCAUGGUGUCGGGCCACCCAUGCAUCCCACAACCCGGGCCCCUGGAGAAGUACACAGUCACGGGGGCCCACCUACACCGGCCCCGGCCCCUGGAUUAAACCCAGCCAGCAGAAACUGACUCAGGUGUUGGUGGGACACAGGCUGAGAGGAGGUCUUGACCUGUAGAUGAGAGGAAGAGAUGGACAAUUGACUGUUCCUGUGGUGCUGAUUAACAGAAGGAGUGUUGUGGUCUUUCUGAUAACUUCCCCAAAAGCAGAAAUUCUGGUUCCCAGAUGUCCUGCUUAUUCCCUCAUAAUUCCAGGGAUCCUCCAACCAGAAUUUUUGGGCAAGUUACCAGAAUUUUGCAACCCUAGGUUUGACUGGCAGCUCCUCCAACCUAUCGUGGUCCUGACUGGUUUGACUGGCAGCUCCUCCAACCUAUCGUGGUCCUGACUAGUUUGACUGGCAGCUCCUCCAACCUAUCGUGGUCCUGACUGGUUUGACUGGCAGCUCCUCCAACCUAUCGUUGUCCUGACUGGUUUGACUGGCAGCUCCUCCAACCUAUCGUGGUCCUGACUGGUUUGACUGGCAAGCUACUCCAACCUAUCGUGGUCCUGACUGGUUUGACUGGCAAGCUACUCCAACCUAUCGUGGUCCUGACUGGUUUGACUGGCAGCUCCUCCAACCUAUCGUGGUCCUGACUGGUUUGACUGGCAAGCUACUCCAACCUAUCGUGCAUUAGAGCCUAGGACAACAACAAGACAGGACACUCCCCCUGUCCACAGCACCAGAAUCCCCUGUUAAGCCAUCUCUUGACUUGGACACUCCCCCUGUCCACAGCACCCCAAACCCCCGUUAAGCCAUCUCUUGACUAGGACACUCCCCCUGUCCACAGCACCCCAAACCCCCGUUAAGCCAUCUCUUGACUUGGACACUCCCCCUGUCCACAGCACCCCAAACCCCCGUUAAGCCAUCUCUUGACUUGGACACUCCCCCUGUCCACAGCACCCCAAACCCCCGUUAAGCCAUCUCUCGACUAGGUCUCACCAUCCAUGCCCAUAAGUCUACCCAAUACCACUAUCUAUCUACAGUUAGUCCGCCAUCACCCUUGAUUGGUUUCAUUAGAUCUGCGUUCUAUAUCAACGCGAAUGGUAUCAUCUUCAACGUAAUCAUUGUCAUCAGAAAUGUUUUAUGCUGCAAAUGCUAGGGGCAACAACAUCAACAAUUGCAUAUAUCAACCCUCUCUCUACAAACCCACAUGGAGUGUUUUAGCGCCACCUAGAGGCUGUAGUGGUGUACUAUAGAUCGAAAGAGAGCAAAGCCACAACUACAGAACAUUAUAAUAUAUUAUUUUCUUAUUUGUUUCUAUUAUAUAAUUUUAGCAUGCUAUUUUAUUUUGAUAGUAUCUACAGAGACUAAAUAUAAAUAACCCAAGAGAGAAAUGAUUUGCCUCCUGCUUUCUUGGCCUGGAUUUGAAACUCUCCUUGAAGUCUUUCUGAUACAAUAUUUUAUAGUUGUUUUAGAUGUCUGGGGGACAGUAAUUAUACUGUUAUAUAAAGUUUAUAUACUGUAAGUAUAUUUACUAUUAUAUAUAUAUAUAUAUAUAUAUAAUGACUAGUGAUCUAUGUCUCUACACAUCUCUACUGGUGCCUUCCUGUCUCUAGCCAAGCCGGUGUUUACUAAAUAAAGUAUUGAGUGUGCGUCUGCACCCUUUUCCUUAUAUUAUAUGCAUUCGUUUUGCAGGGACGCAGCCAUUGUCACAUAACUGAACGGAUACAUCUAUAAGCAGCAAAGACUCAAUGACUUUGAUACCAGUAAAAUACUAAAACGCGGUCGGUGAAUUGAAGAAGUGAAUCAAUGUCGUAACAAAGUGCCUCAUAGUCAAUUUUCCUUUAGGAACACUACUUUCCUUUAAAAACUACGACUAAGCCAUGUAGUAUCUAGAGUGUAUUGGUACCCCUUGCAUUAUGGGUAAUGUAGUACUACAUACACUAUGCUACACAACACAGAGAUGUCCUGUCAGAACUAGCGAGGUGGCCCUUGUUUACUAGUCUCUGAUGCUAAUCCAUAGCGAUGUGGCCCUUGUCUAGAAGCCUCUAAUGCUAAUCCAUAGUGAGGUGGCUCUUGUCUAGUAGUCUCUAAUGCUAAUCCAUAGUGAGGUGGCCCUUGUCUACUAGUCUCUAAUGCUAAUCCAUAACGAAGUGGCCCUUGUCUACUAGUCUCUAAUGCUAAUCCAUAGCGAUGUGGCCCUUGUCUACUAGUCUUCUCUGAUGCUAAUCCAUAGCGAGCUGGCCCUUGUCUAUUAGCCUCUAAUGCUAAUCCAUAGCGAGGUUGCCCUUGUCUACUAGUCUCUAAUGCUAAUCCAUAGUGAGGUGGCCCUUGUCUACUAGUCUCUAAUGCUAAUCCAUAGCGUGGUGGCCCUUGUCUACUAGUCUCUGAUGCUAAUCCAUAGUGAGGUGGCCCUUGUCUAGUAGCCUCUAAUGCUAAUCCAUAGUGAUGUGGCCCUUGUCUACUAGUCUCUAAUGCUAAUCCAUUGUGAGAUGGCCCUUGUCUAUUAGCCUAUAAUGCUAAUCCAUAGUGAGAUGGCCCUUGUCUAUUAUCCUCUAAUGCUAAUCCAUAGCAAGGUGGCCCUUGUCUACUUGUCUCUGAUGCUAAUCCAUAGCGAGGUGGCCCUUGUCUACUAGUCUCUGAUGCUAAUCCAUAGCGAGUUGGACCUUGCCUACUAGUCUCUAAUGCUAAUCCAUAGCACACAGUACAGAUCAAUGUUAUAUCACUGUGAUCAUCCCCAUUUCAACUCCUCAUGUGUUUCAGUAAGUCAAACCUCUGAUGUAAGAUACAAUGAACAGACACAUAACGUCUAAGAAUCUUGUCUACACUUCUCUCUCCUCCCCCCUCAUCCCUCCCUCCCUCCCUCC